GGUUCAUGCUGCCAGAGCGAUAGCGAUACACAACCAAGUCGGACGCCUUGGUUUCAUUCGGACAGAUUCCGUUAAGAAGAAGCUAGACCAUUUCUCCUUUCGAGUGAAGCUGAAUCUUGUAUUCAUGAUGGGGUUCAAUAUUUUCUGUGGUAGAUUGUGGUUAGUAGUUUUCAUAUUAGUGAGCUUUACACGUGAUGGAGUACUUUGCGCCAAUUCUACAGACAAAUCUAACCUGAACACAGCCUUGCUCACUGGAUACAAAGCGAGCGUUCAGCCAGGAUCCGACUAUACGUCACAGCUUGGUGUAAAUGUCAGUUUCAUGUUCUCAUCUCUCCAGUCCUUUGUGGAAGUUACCGGAGAACUUUCAAUCGUGGGGUAUUUUGAAAUUUAUUGGAUAGAUGAACGAUUGUCGUGGGACCCUUCGAACUAUGACAAUCUGACAUACACGACCAUGCUACAACAGGAAAUCUGGACUCCACCAUUUAUACUAGUAGACAGUGCUGGUGAUCUUAAUCUUAUUGGUGACGAUAACUUGCAUUUACAAAUACUCCACACCGGAAAAGUGUACUGGUCUCCACCAGGAAGAAUAUUGUCGUCAUGUAACGCUGACGUCACAAACUAUCCUUUUGACAAGCAGUCGUGUUUGUUACGUUACAUGCCUUGGGCAUAUUCCUCUAACGAAAUUCUGCUUACCGCCAUUUCUCCUACACUUACUCUAACCAUCUACAGUGAAAAUCCAACAUGGAAAUUAAUUAGCACUGAACUCAAAGCUGUCAACGACCCACAAUUUCAACGUUUUGAAAUGACUAUCACGUUUAAACGAAGAUAUGCGUUUUACAUCAUCAAUCUUAUAUUACCAAUGAUCUUCAUGUGUUUUAUCAAUAUGUUUGUUUUUUGGAUUCCGAUAGAAUCUGGAGAAAGAAUGGGAUAUUCUACGACAUUGCUGUUAACAAUAGCAGUGUUUUUGUCCAUAGUUACGGACGCCCUUCCACAAACCUCCUCGCCGUCCAUAGCAUUGCUAUGCUAUUUAUUAAUCAUUCAUAUUUUACUUAGCACGAUGAUAAUGUUCUGUACUAUCAUUGGACUUAGAGUAUAUUCAAAACCCGCGGAUGAACCAGUGCCGAAAUUGGUAGAAAAAUUUACUAGAUUUGUACAUGUAGUCACUUGUAAGAAAAACAAACCACGCUGUGACAAUACCGUCGCAGCCAUGACCAAAGAUGGUGAAGUCUGCAGCGUGGACUCUGUCAAACCCGAUGAUAAUGUUAUAACGUGGAUGACCGCCUCUGACGCUUUUGAUAAAGUAUGCUUUGGAUCGUUUAUGAUGGUUGCAAUGAUUAGUAACCUGUCGUUUCUCUUUUUACUGUCUUAUUCAUAAAGGGCAAUUCCUUCGUUCGGACAUCAGGAAACAACAUAACCGAAUUUAAGGGAAGUUCCUUACGUAAGAUUUUUCUCCUUGCAUCCAUUAAUGCUUUCCUAUCGCCAAGUUAUGUAGUUUUCUUGAGGAACGUUGAUGUAACCGAGCCAAGGGGUCCCGGGUUCGACCCCCUAAUAAAGACAUUGAAAUAAAUAUAUCAUAUUGUGUAUAUGUUCUAUAUACAUGCGUUUUCAGUGUGAAAUAAUUUAAACUGUCAUCCAUUUUAUCUAAUAAAACUGAAAA